GACCGUAAAAAUAAGUAAUCGUAUCUGAAACUCACCCCAUCUAUCAAUACUCUCCAGCUACGAGACCGAUCUAUUUUCAUCGUUAUAACACAUAACAUAGUUAUAAUAUAUUAAUGAAAUACUAUUGAAGCUAGAAAGGAGAGUGGAGAUAUAUGAAAAGCCUUUGUACCCCAAUACUUACACCCCUUCUCAUACAUUGCAUAUUCAGUCAGAAAAAUCUUUCGAGUCUUUCGAAUCUAUCAAAUCGUCCAGGUAUAUUUGUUCAGGUGUUCGUCUCGUCCUGACCCGAAUCCUUCCUCUCUUGAAACACUUAAGGCGAGCUACUUAGCUACUCGAGUCGAGCUAUUCUUCUUUCUGCCCCUUCAUUUGCUUCUGCCACCGCCAGCAAGCAAACUUGGAACGGAAAACCAUCAACUACAAUCAACGCAAGCAAACAAUCUUCAUAAUAUCUUCCCACUAUAACAUACAUGACAGAUAUACUUCUACCUUGCCGUCCCUCGUAGCCUUUGGAUCAAUUCAAGGUACGGCUCUUGAAUCAUCCAUCUAUCCACUUACGACGGUAUCGAGAGCAAGUUCUUGCAGAUCUUAUAACAGUCGUCUAAAGCGUCUAAAGGUUUAUAGAAAACAAUCCUUGCAUCACUCACUACACUAUACCGGGUAGCGAUAAUCUUUCGCAAUCAAAUCAAUUUUUAAUCUUCGCGGACUGAAACGAGGCAAAAAGAGGAAAAGAGCAAAAGAGCAACAUCAUUCCUUCUCCCGGUCGCAUAUUAUCGUUGUAACUACUACCUACCUAGUAUUUCCUUGUCCCCCCGCCAUCCUCUUAUCGACGACAUAAUAUUAUCGCCGUUAAUCGGAUAACCUCAACCUCGACCUCGACAGUACAAUACUGGACAACUACUGAAGAAAAAAAAGCAAAAAAGCAUUCCAGGAAAAAGAAAUCCUCGAUUAUUAAUACAUCGACCUGUCAACAAUCCCCUCUUCGAUUCGGUUGCCGGUCUAGGCUGUGUCGUCUCCAUUUCCAGGCUGAAAGAAAAUCAUCGGAGCUGGAUUCUUCUGAAACCAAGCCUCUACUUGGGUACCUUUGCCCUGCUUACGAAUUCCACAACACGCUCUUGUUUGUCUUGAUGCGGUGACAGAGAUACGAUCCAUAUCACCUCAUCCUUUCCAUCCGUUUCACGACCUGCCAUCGCGAUCACCCCUCUCGUCGAGCCCGUAGUGAUCAGAUCAAUAUCGUCGACCACAAUGAGUACCGAUCCUCAAUCAACUCGGGAGCCAGCAUCUGGCCCGAGAUCCGGUCCCUCCUUUCUACCUACCAAUAUCAUCCGUACAAAUGAUCUCAAUGGUUCCGAAGUCGAAGGAACAUUCGGCGGCCAUAAUCCCCAGGAGUCGGCGGUUACGACACCUCGACCCAAUACCGCACCCAAUACCCAACCUCGGCCGAUGCAUGGAUCGGAAGAUGCAACGACUCCUACGACAGUCACAUUCAGACCAGUCUCAGAUGCGCUUGCCAAUCAAAGACCUCUCCCACAAGCCCCUUUCGAUGUCGCCGCGACCAUUCCAGAAACCGUGGCAGGUUUGACAGCCAUGAACCGAGACAAUUCGACGAGGUCAAACAAUUCUGUUGGUUCUGAAGACGUUGAUAUGGAUAAAUCCGAUGCUGCUAGUUCCAAUGGCAAUAGCCCAAGGCCGCACAAGAAGAAGAAGAGUCAGAAAUUCUAUUGCACGGAUUAUCCGCCUUGUAACCUCAACUUUACCAGAACCGAGCAUUUGCAGCGUCAUAUAAGAAAACACACAGGAGAACGUCCCUACGAAUGCUUUUGUGGGCGUUACUUCUCUCGAAGAGACAAUCUACGCCAGCAUGCUCAAACGGUGCAUCAAAAGGAGGAAAUCCCCCCAGGAUCGUUGGCAGCCACUAGCACAAGAUUUCCUAGACAGCCUCGUACAGAUAGAUCUAAGCCCCCUGGCAGACAAAGAGCUGCCACGGUGAGCGAACAGGUACCUUCAUAUCGUGGUCAUCAUCGAAAUUCCUACUCCACUUCCAGCAUAAUGUCGAAUAUGUCGCACGUAUCCGGUUAUAGUCAAGCACACAAUCUCAGACGUCCGCUCGCUCUACAGAUGCCUAGCCCCCUAACAAGACGCCCAAGUUCACCUGGAGGUUAUAGUACGCCCACUUCCGCUACUUUCUCAACCGGUCAGAAUAGUCCGCGAUGGCCAACACUUGGGUUUCAAUCAUCUCCUGGACCAGGCGUAGGUGUACCAAUACCAGCUGGUCGCAUUUACGACGGGCAUCACACGCCCGGUCGAAGAUUGUCUACACCCUCGGCCGCAAAUCCGUUCUCUCCUUCUGGUCCCGCUUCCAACCCUUUUGGCACUUCAUCAACUUACUCUGCAGCGGCACCCUAUUCGCCAAGUUUGAUUUCGAGCCCUACUAACUCGUCAUUCAACAAUGCUGGACAAUCAAUGGCUGCCCAUCAUUCAGAUAUGGAUAAUAGAAGGAGAACAUGGCACCAGGGAACCAAUGCGGCUACACUAGCAUCAUUUACCACAAGACUGCACAGUGUCAUGAACGCAAACCACUACGCUGAUGGUCCUAUACCUGAACCCGCCGCGAUUCUUCGCAGUAAUGCUCCUCCACAAGAACAUGCAAGACUUCCCGGAAUUUCAAGCUUGUUACCCGGCAGAGGAGAAUCCCCUCCGCCUCUUCGCAGUCGAGAACAAAUGAUGAUUGACAGACCACACUCUUACCAUCAGCCAAGCCUUAGCAUGGCUGAGCGUCCAAGAGAAAAUCCUGUUGAUAGACCAGCGUCCUAUUACCAGCCGAUUUCUGACAUGGCUAAUCGUGGUCCAAGCCAAAGGAUGAUUGAUAGACCACCGCCUUACUAUCAGAACAAUACUCCCAUGUCCGAUGACCCUCGCCCGAGUCAAUUGAUGAACGAUAGACCAAAUUCUUACCACCAGCCAAACCCGAUUGUGCCUGAACGUCGUCCAAGUCAAAUUAUGACUGAUAGACCAAGCUCUUAUUAUCAACCAAGACAUUCUAUAUCAGAAUCAGUUCCCUAUUCUAGCUCAAGACCCAUGACUUCCAGGGACCGACCUCUUAGCUCUCACCUUGAUCGACAAUUCAACCAACUAGAAAUCCAAGGCCCACCACAUGCGGAUGCUGCAAGCUGGGCUACCGAGACAGCUCGUGCUGUUCAUGCAACUGCGCAGCAAUCACAGGCCAAUCAGCCAAGAGUCACAUUUGAGCAACCAGCACUUGGUCCUCGAACAGGGGCUUCUUCGUCCUAUCACCACAAGCAUACUGCUAGUUUACCUGUCAACAUGCACAGAUCAAACAGACGCGAUGGAUGGUACAAUGGUCCAGUGGUAUACCAACAGACUUCUGAUAACAGAUUUCAAGGAACCUCUCCGGAAGGGUCAACUGGCUCCGAAGGUGCAGCGCCUAUAACUCCACAGAGUGCCACCGCGACAGAUUAUAACCCUGCCGUUGUACGAUCAAACGGGUACCACGAGGAACAUUCCCGAACCGUUCAUCCCCAACAACCAACUGUUCACCACUACCACACACUAUCAAAUGGCAAUGAACAUUCUUACACACAUAAGCCCCCUACGUCAACUCAAACCAUGUAUCCACAAGUCCCCCAGUCAUCUACGCAACAUUAUCGCACUGAAGGAUUGGACGCUCUGGCAGCAGCCGCAACAAGUGGUCAGAUCAGUGUACACAACAAUGCAUUUUGAAGGAUUGAUUUCGUUGGUUCAUACCUUUUGCGUAAAUAUUACACCUCGAGUCAAUUUCUUUUAACGAUACCCGAUUUACAUUCUAUUUGAAGAAUGUCACGAAUUCAUGAAACAAGACAGAUUAACUUUUUUAUCACGAUUUUCCCUUUUUUUCUGCGAUUACUGGGAAUGGGACAUUGUGAUUUGCCAGCGUUGGUGUUUAGGGUUUUGGCAUUAUUAACUGUUUUUUUCUUUCUUUCUAUUUUUCCCUCUGAAGCUUCAUCGAAUUCUUCACGCCAUUCAAUGUUGUGGAAUAUACAGUAGAUCUCAUGUACCGGGGCUAGUACCUGUUAUUGUGUCUAGCGUUUUCGUCGUCAAAUCAGAUAUUUUUGACCACUUACCACACAGUGCAUUGAUGUCCUAUACGAAACUUCGAUUUUCUCCAAUGACUUGGAGGAAGCUCGAGCCCGAGUUUCUAACCUAUCUCCUUUGUAUUCAGGUCUGAUUUUUGGGUAGCGUUUGGGUGGGAUUACUUUGGAUUGUUUAUUAUGAUUUAGCGUACUUGGGAGGUUUCAAUUGUUAUUUCUAGCGUCAGGACAAGGCGGUACUCUACUCGGGAUUUUCUAAUGGGCGGUAUGCUUGGCUAUGACUUGGCUAUGAGAUUUGCACUAUUGAUACCUCUAUACCCAAAUGCUAUUCAAUCAUUUUCUCAAAGUUAUUUCGGUAAUUUUCUUUAGAGUUUACGGUUCUAGACAUGUGUGUGUGCUCCUUCAUUUUCAUAAGUGGCAGAUAUAAUAUUCGGAUCUGGGGAAUUGCUAUCAAGGCCGAAGAUUGUGUGAUGUCAUGGAUUUUGGGAUGGAAUGAACUGGUUGGCUGGCUGGCGUCUUGUUAGUCUGUUUUUCAUGCUUGCAUCUUCGUAUCUAGGGGUCCUUUUAGUAUGUUAAAUAUGUCCUCAAAAUUUGAGAAUACGGGGUUUGAUCUUUUAACCCGUGGAGCUGGGAAAUGGGCUGGGUGGGCUGGGUGGUUUGGGGAUUUGUGGAUGGAUGGUUGGUUAGAGGGAGGGAGGGAUGGAUGGAGGGUUGUGUGUACCUAUGCAUGUAGGGUUAUUGGCCGGACGGCGUGGGCUGGACUGGGUGGGAUAUGGUUGUAUGAUUGAAUGGAUGGUGUAUGGAAGGGCUGGAUAUUUUUGGGGGGUAGGGUGGUGGAGGGGAGAGGAGUUGGCUUUAGCCUGGUUUUACUUGACUUGACUUGUGCAUAAUACAAUUAUCUUUAAAUUUGUAUGCAUGUAGGGUUAAUAUGGUCGAGUGUUGAUAGGUUUGAUAGAAAUGUAGGUAGGUAGGUAGGCA